AUGACUGACACGGACGAACGAUCUGCCCGCGCCCUCUUCAAGGCGUCGCAGAAGACCCCCAAUGUCGCAGAAUACGUUCUCGACGUCAAGGUCAAGACCUGGGUCGACAAUGACUGGGCAUCCAUGCUGGCGGUAGCCCCAGUGAAAGAAAUCUUCCUCGAGCUGAAGGAGCCCGAGUUCGACAGCGGUUCCGUCACCGUCGAAAUGGAAGCGCUGCUGGAGGCAUCGACUGAAUGCCAGACGGAGGCGGUCGAGAUGCACGCCCAGUUCGUGGAGUGGCUGGAGUUCGUCAAGGAGCUGCACGAGGCGUGCGUGAACGAGUCGAGUGUGACGGAGGUCAAGUUCAACACUACCACGGCGGAGGAAUCCUCGAAGAAGCUGGAGGAGGAGGAGCGGAAGAGAUACUACGAGGAAUACAAGGGGAAGGUGGACAAGGUGGAGGGCAAGCUGACGGAGUAUGAGACCAAGUACAAGGAUUUACUGGAUAAAUGGCCAACAGGCGAUGACCUUCUCAAGCAGCAGCUGGCCGUUAUGGCAGCCGAAGCCCUGAGCUCCCUGGUCAAGAUCGUCGGUAAAGCCGUCGCUGCGAAGCUCUCGCCCAUGUCAGUCUUCUCCAAGGACGACGAUAGCUCGUCGGGAAAGAGCAGCGGUUCAUCCAAGGGGAGAAAGAAGAAGCAGGUCAUCGAUGACGACGAUUUUGAAGACAUGGCGCUGGCCAACUGCCCACUGGUCCUUCGGGCACUGACUGGACUGGACGGGAUUGUCCGGGGCAAGGAUGGAGUUGACUGGGACUUGGUUGUGAGCAGCGAUAGUGGCAAGAGCAGCAAGAAAGACAAGGACGGUAAGGACACGAAAAAGGGCAAAGAUGACAAGGAGACGAAGAGCGCGACCAAAAAAGGCAAGUCUGGCAAGUUGAAUCUGGCGAUCGUCUUGAAUCUCUUGACAGAAACCCGGGCCUCCAUCCGUAAGGAUCCCGACGAGCGCUCGACCAAGGCUGGCAAGGCUCUGCUGCAGAUUCUCAAGGAGGCCAUCGAUGUAGCCGAUGCGAUCGAGAAGGCCGGCGCAAACAAGACCAAGGCUGCGGAACUGCCCAAGAAGGGCUCUUCGACUGUCAAGGGCUGGGAAAAGAAGGUCGAAACCUUGCUCACCAAGACGAGAAAGCUGCGAUCGCAGGCCAACGCGUCCGGCAGCUCCCCGAGUCCCACGCCCAUCACGGCCCCCGACGAAGACGAAGAGGAAGAGCUGGCCGGCAAGACCGAUAUCAACAAGUCCACCAUCGAAGCGGCGCGGAUUGCCGUGGAGACGGCCCAGAAGACCAUGCUGUCGACGCAGGAAGUGGCCCGGCAGAUGGGUGACAAGGCGCUGGAGCUCCAGGACAAGCUGGCGACUCUGCGCCGGGAGAUCCACGAGCUGGGCGAGAAGAAGAUCACGCUGGAGGUCGUGCGCGGCGUGCUACAGGAUUGCAUUCGCUUCCUCAUCCAGCUCGAGGACAACAUGAAGAGACUGAUCCGAUUUUUCAGCACGGUGGCGACGAUGAUCUCUGUUGCGGUGAGCACGCGCGUGAAGCCAUUCACCAAGCACGUGGAGAACGCUCGGCUCACGCGAGACGCCGGAAAGAUGUACAAGGAGCACGUGUUGAUGCGGAUUUUCCAAUAUUCCCUCAACGUGGCGGCCCACUUCGAUCUGUACAAGGAUAUCUCGAGCAUGUACUGUAAGGUGCAUGACUCCGAUAUCGAGCGCGGCAUUGUAGUGGUGAAGAAGAUGGGCCUUCUUUCGACCGAAAAGGGAACCGAGAACCUACUCGGCCAGAAGAAGUUGGAGCUCAAGGAGUACGCCGAGGGAGCUCAGAAGAGCAUCAGGGCUAUUGUCAAGGAGCAAGGAGACCUGUAUGCUGCGGGUUAUAACAAGCGAAUUGAAGCCUUCAGCCAGCUCUUGGGCCGCGUUACGGUGCCGGCUCUCCCGGCGGAGCAAAAUCAGGCCAUCGAGGAGGGCGCCGCAGAAGGCGCCCAAGUACUCAAAGAUCGGUUGGAGUAUAGCAAUGGGGCGCUGGAGUCGCUCACUCAGCCGCGUGAAGUCCGGGCUAAGCAUGUGAAGGAUUUGGUCCAAGCCACCGAUCCUGACUACAAGGCCCAGAUGGAGUCCGAGCGGAAAAAGGCUAAGGAGGAGCGACGGCGAAAGGCGCAAGAGGAGCAUGAUGAUUAUUAA